AUUACUCAUUGCAUUAAAAAAUGCUUCAUUUUUCUUAAUGUAACUAUAUUCAAACAUUUUAAAUGAAAUAUUUACACACACGCCCUUUAUAUUUUUGUUACACGUUAUUUACAAGUCUGCUUUAGGAAUAGGGAAAUCAAUUAGACCUACUAAUUAAGAUACGAAUCUACCGCCCUCUAUAGUAAACAUAAGGAAAUUCACAUUUUGUUCUUGCAGCCUUCUGGACCAAUAAUAAGGGCUUUGGGCGUUUGAGAGUCACAGGCAUCAUAUGAUCUAAAAUAAAAAAAAAGGGCUGCUCACGCGUAUCCACAUGUUCCUUUUAAAAGCUGCGGUGUUGAUAAAUCCGUAUCUGUGAGAAUCGGUUCGUUCGAACGAUUCACUUCAACCGAGUCAUGCGUUCGUUCUUUUUUUAAUUUUUUUUUUUUACGUACAACUGCUAAUUUUCACUUUUAGGUCGCUUAGAUUACUUCAAUUGUUGGUGUUUGUGGUGCUAGCAUUACUGCUGACAGAAAUAUUAUUAGCAACGUAGUGCCUGCUGUUUUUAAUACUAUAAAAAAAUAAAAACUCGUUUAUAAUUAGUUAUUUUCAUUAUUGUUAUACUAUUUCAAUCUAAUAUUUUUAGUGCUGAACUGAUUUUAAAGUGAUUCCCUAACACUCUGCUAAAAGAGCUUCGGUCGAAUCGCUUGUAAAAGUGUCGACUCAAAAGAACGAUUCGUUUUCGAGUCCCUAGGAAAUCGAUCGCAAAACGCCGGAGUGGAUCUAGAUGCUUUUCAGAGUCUUGAGCCUAAAAAGAAAAGUGAGGGGUGUUUCUCUGCGCCGUCUGUCGGUCACCGGAGAGGCGCGCGGGCACCGUUACGCAUUUCAGCGGAGCACCGAGCGCAGGAUGGCCGAGACCCGCGGCGAGAUCAGCGGCCACGACUGCCGGCGACCGGCCCCGGCGCAGACCUUCAACCACAGAUCCUCCAAAUGGGUCCGUCUGAACGUCGGGGGCACGUAUUUUCUGACCACCAGACAGACGCUCUGCCGGGAUCCCAAAUCGUUCCUGUUCCGCCUGUGCCAAACGGAGCCGGACCUCGAUUCCGACAAGGAUGAGUCCGGGGCGUAUUUGAUUGACAGGGAUCCCAUGUAUUUCGGGCCUGUGCUGAAUUACCUGAGACAUGGGAAGCUGGUCCUCAACAAGAACCUGACGGAGGAAGGAGCUCUUGAAGAGGCCGAGUUUUACAACAUCACGUCAUUAAUAAAACUCAUCAAAGAAAGGAUCAGUGAAAGAGAAGCCAAGACGACACACACGCCGGUCAAGCAUGUCUACCGAGUGCUGCAGUGUCAAGAGGAAGAACUCACUCAGAUGGUCUCGACCAUGUCAGACGGAUGGAAGUUCGAGCAGCUUGUCAGUGUAGGUUAUGGGCGGGCCCAGAAGUCAGAGUUUUUCCUGAUUGUGUCUCGAGAGGUGAAGGGGGAGGAGUCAAGCCAAACUCACCCCGCCCACGGUGGAGAGGUGUGUCCAACGAUCCCGCGUCCUCCCACUAACCACUGCAUGCCAGUUUUCAUUGCGAUGGUCACACUGAAUGCUGCCUGGAUGUUGGUGAUUCACACGCGUUCUGCACGUUUAGAGUUGCAUUCAAAAGCCUUCCCAAGCAUGCUGGACGAUUUAAGCGCGCCGUGUUGUGUUUCUGUCAAAGGGAUCGUUCACCUAAAAUGAACAUUUACAAACUUUUCUAUGUAUGCCAUUGUUGAAAAAUGGUGAAAGCGAAUGGAAUCCGAUAGGGUCACGCUCCAAAGAGAGGGAAAAUAAGUGUGAAAUCGCAAUUAUAUUAGAAUCACGAAUAGCUCUGGAAUCACAUUUUGGUUAACGUUCAAAAUAUGCCAAAUGUCGUGUUUCCAAACCCGCAUUUGAAUAUAAGCAAACUCCAAUGAGAGUCACGGCAGGGGAAAUGAUGCACAAAUAUCAGCAUUUUAAGGUGGACUGUCUCUUUAAAGGUAUGGUUCACCCAAAAAUGAAGAUAUAUUGAACAUGUACACUGGUCAUCCAAGAAGUAGAUUGGCUACAGUGGCUUGUUUAGAAAUUUAGCAAUCCAUCGCUUGCCUACCAAUGGAUGCUCUGCAGUGAAUGGGUGCCGUCAGAAUGAGAGUCCAAACGCCACAAUAAUCCGCACCUCGCCAGUCCAUCAGUGAAUGUAAAGCAGAAAGUUGCAUGUUUGUAAGAAUGAAAUUCAUCAAGACACUUUUAACUCUACAUUUUACAUUUUUUGGGGCCAAAUACAGGAGUCCAUAAUGCGUAUAAUAGCAGUGAAAAAACGCCAUCCCGUUAUUCUGUACAUGCUGUUUUGAAUUGUUUUCCCCUGUGUGUGUGUGUGUGUGUAUAUAUAUAUAUAUAUUCAGACCAGAUUUUUUGCACCAGAGAAAUGUUGUGUUUUAUUUAAUUUUGUGUCGACUGAAACGGUGUGGAUUCAUCAGCUGUUUGGGCUCUCAUUCUGACGGCACCCAUUCGUUAAAGCACGAGCAAGUGAUGGGAUGCCACAUUUCUCCAAAUCUGUUCUGAUGAGGAAACAAAUUAAUCUAAAUCUCGGAUGGAUCUUGUUGAGUAAGCGUUCAGUAAAUGUGCAGUUUUUUAAGGUGAACUACCCCUUUAACCCCCUUCGGUCGCUCACCGAGAACAACCACUGAACUCUGUCUGUUCUCUCGUUCGUGUUU